AUGGAGUCACGCGUACGAUGGCACAGGUCAAAUUGCGACAAGCCAAACAUCAUCGUGAACGAUGGCGAACCUCAUUGCCAUAGCUGCGAUUCAAAUUCUUCGGUCUUGGUAGCACGACUUGUUGCCGAAAAUCAGGCCAUAGGAGGCGUCAUCAGCCUACCAGUUGAGGCACCGCUGGGCGAAGCUGACUUCUGGUGGCCUCCAUCUGUCCCAUACAGCAGUCCUCGCGUGGACACAAGAACGAACUCAGAGCCCUGCAAUGACGCGAAAGAAGCGCAAAUACUAUCUCCAAAAGACACUCAACUAAGCUCUGUUUCGACUAUCUACUCCUCAUCUUUGGAUUCAAGCCGCCUUCGCCUCAUCUACCUAACUGAAUCCGAGGAUGCCUCCUCGCCCAUUCACAUCCAGCUCGAAGAAUAUGCUCUCAAUGACAGUCCAGAAUACGAAACGGUGUCCUACGUAUGGGGAGGAGAGAAUGGCGACUCCACUGCCUGCAAACCUAUCUAUGUUGGCCCCUCCUGGGACAUGAUCCUGGUUACAAAUAAUUGUUCGGCUCUGCUGCAUUACUUACGGCCUCGUAAAGGCUCCCGGGUCAUCUGGCUGGAUGCUAUUUGCAUUAAUCAGGCCAAUAACGUUGAGAAAUCAGCGCAAAUAUCCAUAAUGAGGGAUAUCUACGUUAAUUGCCAGCGUGUUGUAGUCUACUUCGGGGGAGACUUGAUUCAACAACUUUCGGGUAGGCUCUUUCGGCCUCGCAUCGAUUUCGCGAAGACAGUUGUUGCCAAUGAAUCGAGAUCAACAACGGAGAAAAGCGCAGGGUUCUUUAUGGCUUGUGCUAAGAGCGCCGGGAUAAGCCAGGAUCAGCUUUUCGAGAGGCGGUAUUUGACUCGGAUCUGGAUCGUGCAGGAGCUUGUCCUCUCGAGCAAGGCUGUAUUUCCUCUCGGUGACUCAGAUAUCCUCUGCGAUGGAGAUGUUGCCGCGCACCUCGUCUUGAGGCCAAAGGGACAGCAGCUGGCCUCUUCUGCUGUCAGAGGGUCUAUGUCUAAUCUUCUGAAGGCGACUUCCCACUGCGAUGCGAGUGACCCUCGGGACAAGAUAUAUGGCCUAUUGGGUUUAUUUAGACCGCAAGAUGUCUCAUGCUCGUUGAUCUCGGAUUAUACACUAUCUUGGAGAGACUGCUGGGUGGGAAUCGGAGGCUACAUCGUCCUUGUUGAGAAGAACAUAACUCUGCUUGUUCAUGCGGUUGGGACCUAUUGUCUGUUUCAACUGCCCUCGUGGGUCCCGGAUAUUCGGACAGCGGGGUCUUGGUUACUCGACUUGCCCACAAAACCCCCCUAUCAGAAGUCCCGGGUUUCUGAAGACGCUGCUGAGACAUGGGCCAUCGAGUUCGUCAUGUAUUCAAAAGGAGAACAGGACUGGAUGCAUUAUGACUUGUUUCCAAGCAAAUCGUGGGGACUAGCGAGCCAUCUGUCGGUCGGACUCCCCUCAGAUGUCCUGUGCUCUAUGAGCCUCGACCAAGUGUCCGUCAAUUCGUCUAAUGGCGGGCUUCAACUUCAAGCCCUCCGCGUGUUCGAUCAUCCUUGUCGGCUAACGACGAUGAAUGAAGGAAAUGGGUAUAGUUCGAUUUGGUUUCGCGGUCCGUCGACAGCUGCAGGUUUCCGCAUACUGGGACUCAACCAUUCUCUAGAUCAUGAUAAGAGCUAUCAUGUCUUCAUCAUUUCCGAUCAACCCCAGCUAUCUGGAUACAUCCUCCUUGCUAUAACAACUGCGCUUCCAGGGGAAGACAGCAGCGUCGUGACACUGCACGGCUGUUGCAUAAUAUACGAUAUCCGAUUUUACUCUAUGGACCAUCUUGAAACCAACCGAGAAUCAAUCCCCGGUUUGCAUUGGCUUUUGGAAAAGUUUCAGCCAGUGCUCAUCGAAAGCCACCAGUGGAAAUCCCAAGGUAAUUGGGUGUUCCGCUGCUUUUUCCCCUGUGAUGAUGCAACGUCACGAGAUUUUCUCCGUCUGCUCAUCCGUGCAACUGGCCCGCCGCUCAUCCAAAUAUUUGAAGAAGGUAAACCUUCUUCUCAGUUCAUGCCGCCAACGUUGGUGGAGUCAAUAUCUUGGACUGCAGAAAGGCUCUGUCCAGAUUUCGAUCCGUUGAUCUGGGGCGAUUACUAUCAUUUCACCAUCAAGAACAAGAAAAUGUUCUCGAUGUGGAAAGCCUAUCGUGGGCUAUCAUCAAGUUAUGAGGAGGACACCAUUACCGUGCGACGAGUAUCAUACGAGUUAGAAGCGGAUUUCUCAGAUCCGUUCAUACAUGACAAGGCAAGAUGGACGCGCAUUCAAACAAUUUUUGAUAAAGAGGGCAGUGAUGGAUCUGGGUAUGGGUUAACAUUUCCGUUUACUGUCCGGAUCCCUCUAGAAACCCUAGUAGCUUGUGUUCGCAAGUCUGAGCUCUGCAUGUCGUUGUGUACAGCUCGUGGUUACAACAGCAAUUUGAACGAGGACUUGGAUAAUCUUCUGGGUCGUAAGUCCACGCUUAAAGACCGUGAUAUUCUCCUUCAAGACUGGGACAAAGGUUUCAUCCAGGAUCUUGGUCUUGCUUGGAAGUCAGAAAAAAUCAUCAUUGUGUAA